GCAUUCGGUUGCACCGUGCGUCGCGGAUGGUCCCCCGCGGUUGAACGUUCCGCGGUCGGAAGCCGCUGAUUUUCGGCGGAUCGGCCGCGCGCGAACGUUUUGACGCGACUGCGGAAAAACGACGAGAGGAGAGAGCAAACGAAAAGGCGCCGCGACGGAAUGGGAACGAGAAAGAGAGGGCGACAGCGGUAGGGAGAGGGCGUUUAAAUACGAGGAGAGACGCGCGUGCUCCUUCAGUCCGGCGCUAACAGUCCAAACCGAUUCACAUCCGGACCCCGGUGGAGAGGAAACGAGUCCUGUCCGCCCUCCUAGGACGAAUCUCGACCCAGAAAACCCUCCACGAUAUAUCGAUACCGUUUCCCUUUUCGACCACGGAACGAACGUGCGAAUCCGUGUCCGUUUCGUAACGAGGGGAAAUUGUUAGUGGCGCGAGGGGCUGUUUCGAACGGACGAUAGUGUACCGUGGUAAUGUGUCAGUGAUAAAGUUUUCGGGAUCGAGACGAAGUGCGUAAGAAUCGGAGGGAAGGGAUCGAGGAUGACGAACAGCAUGAAGCAAACUGUCAUCAAAAAUCCAACAUGGUGGAAGAGGCGGUCGGCGUUGGAACGCGGACUAACCGUGAUCGCGGUUUCCGGGGUCCUUUUGUGCAUUGCGUUAGCUGUCGCACUAGGAGUUUUAGCAGCAAACACGGCGUCCUGCAACGCCUCGACGACGAACGAUCCUGUUAACACCGAGGGCUUGCCGUCGACGGCUGACGCUCUUAACGGAUAUCAGAACACAAAAGGCAUUCAAAUUGUAGACAGAGGGCCAAACUGCGAAGAAGACGUCUGCUACACGGAGGAGUGCGUUCACACGGCAUCCGGGAUACUGAAGAACAUGGACAACCACGUGGAGCCAUGCGACGAUUUCUACGAUUUCGCUUGCGGCGGCUUCCUGAAGACCACCCACAUCCCGGACGACAAAACCAGCGUGAACACGUUCACGGAGAUCAGCGACAAGCUGCAGAAUCAACUCAGGACCAGCAUCGAGGAGAAGAGCGAGCCCAACGAGCCUAAACACUUCAGGCUCGCGAAGAAUUUGUACAAGGCUUGCAUGAACAAAACGGUCAUCGAGCAGCAAGGUUUGGAUCCUCUACUGAAAAUUUUGAGUAAACUAGGCGGUUGGCCGGUACUGGACGGCGACAACUGGAACGAGAACGACUUCAAUUGGAAGGAAUCGGUAUACAAGUUCCGCAAGAUGGGUUACUCGGUCGAUUACUACAUCGACUUCAGCAUCGGCGUUGAUUUGAAGAACAGCACGCAACGGAUAAUCGACCUCGACCAAGCAUCUCUUGGCCUCUCGCGCGAAUAUUUGUCGAAGGGCUUCGACGACAAGAUCGUGCAAGCGUAUUACAACUACAUGGUCGAUAUCGCGGCGAUUCUCGGAGCUGACAAAGCUAAAGCGAAAAUGGAAUUAAAAGAGUCCCUGGUAUUCGAAAUGGAACUUGCCAAUAUUUCCUUGCCUAACGAGAAGCGUCGCAACGCCACUCUCCUCUACAACCCCAUGACGGUGCGGGAAUUGUCCAAGACGUAUCCCAGCAUACCUUGGAAGGAAUACUUCAACACCAUUCUGGCGCCGAGCGUCCAGGUCGACGACGACGAGGUCGUGAUCAUCAGCGUUCCCAGUUACAUUUCGAGCUUGGAGAAGCUGUUGGCCACCACCCCUAAAAGGGUGCAGGCUAACUACGUGAUGUGGCGUGCGGCUGCUUCGUCUGUGAGCUACCUAACCGAGGGCAUUCGAAAAAGACAGCUACAGUAUUCCACUGCUCUGAGCGGGAAAACGGAAAGGGAGCCCAGGUGGAAGGAAUGCAUCGACACGGUGUCCGGUAGCCUCUCCAUCAGCGUCGGUGCCCUUUACGUCAGGAAGUACUUCAAGGAGGACGCCAAGAAGAACGCUGUGGAGAUGGUGGCUGAUAUCAGAGAGGAAUUUACGAAGAUAUUGAAAACGGUCGACUGGAUGGACGAAGACACGAGGAAGAGCGCCCUGAGCAAAGCUGCUUCCAUGGCCAGCCACAUCGCUUACCCAGACGAAUUGCUGGACGACAAUAAACUGGAAGAUUUCUACAAAAACCUAGAACUAACGACCGACAAUUACCUAGAAGGUAUCCUGAACCUGACUCUCUUCGGAGUGGAAUAUUCCUUCAGCAAAUUACGCAAACCCGUGAACAAGAGCGAUUGGAUCACCCACGGAAGACCGGCGAUCGUCAACGCGUUUUACUCCUCCAUUGAAAACAGUAUUCAAUUCCCAGCAGGCAUUCUACAAGGAGCCUUCUUCAGCAACGAUCGACCAAGGUACAUGAACUACGGUGCUAUUGGUUUCGUCAUUGGCCACGAAAUAACGCAUGGCUUCGACGACCAGGGCCGACAAUUCGAUCAAAACGGAAACCUCGUCGACUGGUGGGCGCCCCAAACCAAGGAGAACUAUCUGGAAAGGGCAGAAUGUAUUAUUCAUCAGUACGGGAAUUACACCGUCGAAGAUGUUGGCUUGAACCUGAACGGUAUAAAUACCCAAGGCGAGAACAUCGCCGACAACGGUGGAAUAAAGGAAGCCUACCUAGCGUACAAAGAAUGGGUCAGGCGAAAUGGUCCAGAGUCGAGACUGCCAGGACUCAAAUAUACACCUGAACAAUUGUUCUGGAUAAGCGCCGCGAACACCUGGUGCAGCAAGUACAGGCCAGAGGCGAUGAAGCUCCGCAUCACCACUGGCUUUCACAGUCCCGGCAAGUUCCGCGUUCUGGGACCGCUCUCCAACAUGGAGGAGUUCUCCAAGGAUUUCAAUUGCCCUGUAGGCUCGAAGAUGAAUCCAGAGAAGAAGUGCGCCGUCUGGUAAACGAGACCGUUGACUAUACCAAGCGGUAACACAGACGUUGGUCGUACUUGUUCUUCGACGAAAGAGCAUACUCGUUUACUCGUGGUCGAAGAAGUAUUCAGCUGUUCCUGCUGGAUACCACCACUCUGAGAUUCGAUCUAGGCUGUCGCGUGAAUUUCGAUGGGUCCACGUAGACCUCGAUUGAAUCUACUCGAAUAGGGUAACAAGUGACGGUGUUUGAUCGGUGGAACUGACGGGAUUCGAUAUUUAAGGCACGAUCGUGCUUUGAUCUCUGAGAACGACCGAAAGGGGGAUCGUCUUUGCGAACAACUCGAAUCGCACGGCAUCUACUAACAUUGUUUGCUAAUAGAAUAAGUCUUUUUAUAAGAGAAUGUUAAGAGUUCGACGAGUAUUGUAAAUACAGACGUGGAGACAGCGAGACCGAGGAUGGCGCGUCAUGACAAUUUGAAAUUUUUGUAAAAUUGAGUUUAGGUAAUUGCGAGAUCAAGUUGGGUUCGAUCGUCGUAAAGAGGAACACGUUAAACUGUGAUGAUUUUAUAGGAAUCGACAAUAAAUAGCGGAAACGGUCUUUCGGUUGAAACUAUACGAGUUGGCGCGCGCGCAAAUAUUAAUGAGAAUACUAUUACUGUUAAUUAUGUUUUCAAACAGCAUUGUUUUACCGACGUAAGAAGUUAAUGUACGUGUUUAUUUCUCUUUUUUUUUUUAUUUUUUUUUUUAUUUUUUUUUGCUAUUUGUAUAAUAUAUUCGUUAGGCUCCGUUGAGCAGCGUGAGGUUGUUGAUUAGAGUUACCAUUUCGAAGUACUUUAGGUGAUGUAGUAUUAAUCAUAGCUUUUAACGUACAGGUAACGAACAACAUCUGUGGUUACUUUUCUAUCGUUUUAAUUUCAGAUAUACGUGCCACGUGAGAACUUCUUUGUAUCGUCAUUUCUUUUGUUCUCAUUUUCGCUUAUGGCAAUUGUGUCGCACGGGAUCUAACGUAGAGCCCCGCGAUACUCGUAUUUCUUGCAAUACUGUAUUACAUUAAGUUUAAACAGAUGAAUGUAUUUAGUGUAUUUGUUGAGUAUAAAGUUUUAAUAUAAAACCAUUGAAAUAGAAAGUUUA